AAUCACUAAUAACUCCAUGAGGUGAGCACCAAUCGGCACGCCCCUUUGUCAGGGUGUUCAGCAGAGACACCCCGUGAUUUGCACCAGACGGAUUUUUGAUUGCAUGUCUCGUUGCAGAGAUACGACGCCAACAAGGCAUCGGGUACAUGGGAUUUCUCAGGAAAUCGUUAAUAACUCUUCACGGUUGAUGGCUACGGGGCUCGUUUUUGGUGAGUGUAAUGCUGUUGACAUGCUUGACAUUUCCCCUCGAGGGAUCUUUGAUUUAUGGUCUGGGUGCAGAGAUAUGUGCGCUCUCAGCCCCCUCCGCGAGGCCAUCGCCAAGGAGCUGCUGCCGGCCCUCCUCGGCGGCUCUGUGACGCCGUCCGAGGUCGACCUGAUGCUGCUGCCUGCCCGGCAUGGCGGCACCGGCAUACGUGACCCUCUCGACCGUGCCGCAGCCGCCUACCCCGCUUCCCGCGCGAGCACCAAGGUGGUCUCCAAGUCCGUCCAAGGCAAGGCUCCGUUCCACCCUGGCGACCAUCGUGCCACCAUCCGCCACGCCCUCACCCGGAGCAAGCAGCAGCAGGACGUCGCCCACAAGACCAAGAGGGAGGCCGCCCUGCCGCACAUCGACCGCCGGCGCCAUCGCGUCCUCUCCCGCAGCGCCGAGUACAAGACGUCCGGCUGGCUGACCACCCUCCCGUCGACAGACAACAACACUGGUCUUGAUGCUGCGGAGUUUCGAGAUGCCCUCAACAUGCGUUACGGCCGUCACCCCCCCGGCCUCGCUGCACGCUGCGACCACUGCAACCAGCCCCUCACCGUCGACCAUGCGCUGUGCUGCAAGCGGUACGGCCUGGUGAUUCGUCGCCACGACGAGCUGCGGGACACUUUUGCCGAGCUGAUUGGGAUGGCGUGGGGGGACGCUGGUGUGCGUCGGGAGGUGGUGUUGAAGGAGGGAGAGGAGGGGGAGGGUGGGGUCAGGGCGGACAUCGUCGCUCGGGGCGUGUGGGAGCGGCAGGCGGCUGCGUCGUUUGACAUCUGUAUUACGGAUCCUGACGCAACGUCUUACGCUUCCAAGAACCGAUCGACCAAGUCCAUCCUGAAGCAGCACGAGACCGCCAAGAAGAAGAAAUACCGCUCGGCCGUCUGCGACUCCCGCGUGACCUUCUGCCCUCUGGUGGUGACGUGUGACGGUGUGUGGGGACACGAUGCCAACGUGUUCAUCGCCCACAUGGCUCAUGCGCUGUUGGAGAAGGAGGGGUGGAAGGGUCGGGGGUUCAGUCAUGUGUCUGGAUGGAUUCGCUCUCGCUUGUCUAUCGCCCUCGCGCGUGCGACUAGCUUCUGUCUGCGUGGGGGAGGGAGGGGAGGGUUUGCGGGACUGGGGUGUGCUGAUGGGGCGGGGAUUGAUCCCUCCUCCCCUUGAGCCUGUUUGACUCUGCGUGCUGAUGGGACUGUAUUUGUAUGAGUAUCACGGACACACAGACGAGUGUUACGGUUAAUGACAGUUUC